AUGAAUAAACAGCAGGAAGAACUGCAAAAGAUUGUUCAUUCCAAUGCGGAAUUAAGGCAAGAUUUUCGUGAUUUUCUUAAUCUAGUGCCCAGAAGACGGAUAGGCUAUAUUGCGGCCCGACACUAUAUUGUGGACGAACAGUUUCGUAGCUCACUCAAGUAUUUGCAGAGUUCACGUUUCACCCAGAAUUGGGGUAAAAUACGUAGUUCAGAGGAGUUUGUUGAUUUAAUCGAUUACGUACGAACGCACAAUGUAUCGCUGACGGCUUUAGAGGAUGUAGCCAGCGUCAUUGAUAAAUUACCAAAUCAAUUGCGUACAUUUCGCAUACCAACCAAAGUACCCGUCAUGAUGAUGAUGCAAAGGAAUUUGGUGUCAUUUAUGCGCGAAGUUAUGCAGGCGUUGCCACGUGCACGUUUUUUCAGUUUAAUGGCGCGUAAAGUUACAGAAGGCGGUGAUUUUGCACGACUCUAUAAAGCUGUGCAACAAAAGGAAUUUAAACAAUUGCUGGAUAAAGCCAAGGCAUCUGACAAUCUGCAGCCAUCUUGGUCGGAAUUAAGAAGACAUUAUAUUGAAGUUAAUGAUCUGAUUGAUAUGUCAUACGAAAUUAUAUCUUGGGGACCUUAA